AUGCAACCAAAUACUAUCUCGACUGCGGAACUGCAACGACGAACUUUGGUUUGCCAUGUUUGUGGUGAUACUGCUCGUGGAAUGAACUAUGAUGUGCUCACGUGUAUGUCAUGCAAAAUUUUCUUUCGUCGAAAUGCAUUUCGAGCAAUUGAAACAUUGCGAUGCCCACGAGUAUCGAAUUGUAACAUCACGAAAAAAAAACGUAGUCAUUGUGCGGCAUGUCGUCUGAGGAAGUGUUUUGCAGUCGGUAUGAAUCGUCAGUUAAUUCAAGUCUUUAGUCCAACAGAAUUGCCGCAUCCUCGACCUCUUGGCCUUCUACGAAAUGAUCGGUCGACAUUGACACGUGAUCAGUGGACUCUUCUCUCGAAUCUUAUCAAUCUGCAUGAGACGGAAACACUUCUUAUUCAACAGCAAUCGUUAUUGGACCAAGAAUCGACUCGACCGAUUCAACGACGAGGAAAAGCAUUAUUAGUAUUGGAUUUCUUUCGUAAUUGCCUGAUCUGGAUGGAGUCUUCACUGAAACGAUUGAAAUAUUUCCAAUCCGUUUCGAAUACUACUCGACAUGUUCUUCUAAAACAUAAUAUUCGAUCUUGUGCGAGUUUCAACGGUUUUCUUGUCACAAGAAAACUUGUUUUGUUCAAUGAACCUUGGUUAACCCAUUCCUUUUACAAGAUUUUCGAUGAACAACUAUUGAUAAGCAUCUUCAAAAUUCACAAAAACUUCGAUCUCAAUGAUAUUGUCAUCAAACUUUUCUUACUUGUUAUGAUAUUUUCAAGUAAUUGCUCGCCGUUGACAUUCGAUCAAUCGUACCAAAUGGAAUCCUUGGAGAGUUCACUCGAAUCUCUGCAUAUUCAAGAUAUUUUCGUCACUUUAUUAUGGAAAUAUUUACUUUAUCAAUAUGGACCAAUGGAAGCAACCAUACGAUAUGUUAUAUUGGUAAAAGCGAUGGUAGACAUGAUUUCUGUAAAGGCACAGAUGUCUUCGGUUUUAGUUUACGAAGAUAUGAUUAAUGAAACGAUGAAAGAACUCGAAAGAUCAUUAGUUUUACAAGAUUAA